ACGCAUCAAGCCCCCUAACACCCCUCAGCUUCCGACCCUACCGACAAGUGAGGAAUACAUUGUGUAACCGGUAGGCAAGUUUACGGUAGAAGGUAGAUAUCGUUGGUUGAGGUUUGGAAUUUAAAAUAGUGAAGCAUCAUGAGCCCAAGAUACAAGUUGAUAUACUUCCCAGUUAAGGCCCUGUCUGAGCCCAUCCGCUUUCUAUUAUCAUAUGGUGAAGCAGAGUUUGAAGAUUAUCGUUUUGAAUCGGAACAGUGGCCCCAGCUCAAACCAUCUACACCAUUUGGGAAGGUUCCAGUUCUUGAGAUUGAUGGGGUUCAGACCCAUCAGUCAGCUGCUAUUUGCCGUUACCUCGCCAAGCAGUUUGGUCUGAAUGGCAGCAAUGAUUGGGAGGCUCUUGAGAUAGAUGCUAUUGUGGACACUUUUGGUGACUUCAGACAGCAAAUUGCCAAUUAUCACUAUGAUCAAGACGAAGCUUCAAAAGAAAAGAAAUGGGAACCUUUGAAAAAUGAAACUGUGCCUUAUUACAUGUCAAAGUUUGAAGAAGUUGUGAAGAAGAAUGAUGGGUACUUUGUUGGUGGAAAGCUGACAUGGGCUGAUCUUUACUUUGUUGGCAUACUUGACUACUUGAAUUUCAUGGUGAAAGAAGAUCUAGUGGAAAAUCGUCCCAAACUGAAGGCUCUGAGGGAGAACGUUUUGACAAUACCAGCUAUAAAGGCUUGGGUUGAGAAACGCCCACAUUCAGAGAUGUAAGAAAAAGGUGCCAUGAAGAUAGGCAAGAAUUGUAUGACAUGUUUACUUGCAAAGUUGGUAUUAUAAACAUUUAAAUUCAGUUAUUAAUUUUGAAAUAUUAUGUUCAUAAUAAGCAUUUCUUUUUGUUUUUAUGUAGAAUUCUUUCAUAAAAAGAACAUAUAUUUGCACUUUAUGUUAUGCUAAGCAGUUAUUGCUCCACGUGCUAGGAUGUUAAUGGUUCAAAGAUCUGCUUAAGUAAGUUACAUGAUUUUCUUGUUUCAAAACUUGUGUUUUCAUGUGGUUCAUGUAUUUAAUACCCUGAAACUAAUUAUAACCUUAUGUCAGGUGUGGGCAACUGUUUAUCCAAGUGGACAGUGUUAGAGUACAUUGCUUUGAAGAUAAUGGUUGAAAGCUGCCAGUGUCAGUAAUUGACAUAUAUUCGUUGAUGCUUCUUUCACAAGUUUAUUUGGAAAGCCUGGGAUUGUAAUGAGGCUUGCAGUCGUUUCUACGGUACACAUUUUGCACAUCCUUGUUUUCUUCAUGCAUUUUGAAAGUUGUUUUCAUUUGCAUGCAUAGAAAUGUGAAUCUGCUAUUGUACAGUCAACUGCUUUGCCAUUUAAUUUGUGUACAGCGUGGUAUUGCACAGAAUGACAAAGUCUAUGCAUUGUUUUGAAUUUGAUGUGAAAAAGGUAAAAUUUCAGGCAUACUGAAAGUAAAACAGGAUGUCAUCCUUUCUUACUAUACCACAUGAUACGUUUCCUGUUUCUCAUAUGAGGAUGCAGUAUUAAUACUUUACCAUGACAAAUUUGUGCAUAUGUAUCAGUUCAGGGAAGCAGAUGACAUCUUUUGCUUCUUUAUUAGUUUCAUAUAUUUUCCAAAGAAAACAGGGUUUAAUACAAUAAUUAUCAAGAAGUGGGGCAAACAAAUAUAUAUAUUUGCUGUUCAGAUCACUUUUAUAAGAGUUCACAAAUUCAUGUAAUUUCUCUGUUAUGCAAAUAUGUAUACUUAGUAACUUGUAUACUGAAGUUACAUAUAUUCUUGUAUUUCAUGUGUGCGUUACAGAAAUAUUUGUAAUAUCAAGCAUUUAAAAAUAUAUUUUUGAAUAAAUGAUAUAUGCACUUUUGAGUGAUAACUA